CAAAACAAAGAGGGCUUACUUAGAGUUUAUCUUAUGUUACUUUGGAUUUUCAUGAGAGAAGUGUUUUAUGUUCUAUUAUAUUGUUAGUGAUGUCAGGGGAUCGGGAUGACGUUGAUUCGAACAGCGUUGAAACAAUGAAUGGUGGUCUUGAUUUCGAUCACGAGAGUGACGGGGGUCAUGAAAGCGAUAAUGCAGAUGAUGUUGAUAUCGGUGACAAUGGUUCCGAUCAUGAAUUUGAUCCCCAUGAUGUUUUUGAUGAACAAAAGGCCUGUAUUUCCGUAGCGAAGUUCUUCUGUUCUGCUGGACUGCCACCUCAGACAGCCAAUGAAUACCAUUUUAGAGCUCUUUCCAACCACCUUAAUCCUCAAUUUCGAGGUAGUGUUGCAGAUAUUGGGCGUUAUUGCCUGGAAACGUAUGAUGAGGUGAAAGCAAAAAUCAAACAAGUUCUGAGUAAUUUGGAAGGGCAAAUGAGCCUUUCGAUUGAAAUAUUGAGGUAUGAGAAGCGCUACUAUUAUGUACGAGAUUAUCUGUGCCUAUCAGCACAUUUCAUUGACAGUAAUUGGAAGAUGAAGAAGUGGAUCCUUAGGUUUAGACGGGAUGAUCUGAAGGAGUUACCUCACGAGUUCUUACUGAAUGCUGUGAAAGAGUGGGAGAUUGAGGGGAAGGUGUCCGUCAUCACUAUGCUAAAUGACCAUCUUUUUGAUGAAACAUUUGAGCUCGUUCAAGAUCACAUUAUAGGAAAUAGAGAACUGAAAUUAAAUGGUCGUAUGUAUCGAGUAUAUUGUGCUGGUGACAUGGUUAGUCGAAUGGUGCAGGGUGCAUAUAAGCCGAUAAGCAAGACUAUUGACAUAGUAAGCGAACUGUAUCCCUUUUGGAAUUCACAACCACUGUGGUAUCUCACAAGUUUCAAACUCAAGGAUGCUUUAGAAUUGGAGUCUAAGGGUGAGUAUUCAUCGGAUUUUGUGCUGGAUAAUUAUAAAGUGCCUUCUGCAGAUGAAUGGGCGAAAGUCAGAAGCAUAUGUGAACUUGUGGAUAGCAUUUAUAAGGUGACUGAAGUGUUAUUCCAAGCAAAAUAUCCGACUGCUAACAUCUACCUGUAUCAUCUUCGAGAGCUUCGGGAAAUACUGCUUGAGAAAUCCACGAGUUCGGAUGUUUUUAUUCAAGGGGUGGCCAAGAAAAUGCUGGAGAAAUUUGACAAGUAUUGGAAGAAAAUGUACUUGGUGUUGGCUGUUGCCAUGGUGAUGGAUCCUCGGUUUAAGAUGAAAUACCUAGAGUUCACUUCUUCUGAAUUUGAUGAUAGUGAUGGCAUCCCCGGUUUUACAACUGUUUUGGAAGCCGUUCGAAGUCUUUUCAAUGAUUAUGUCGCCCAAUUUCCCAAAAAGGAUUAUGAUUCCAAUUAUUCAACUUCUUCUGAAUCAGCUUCCGAUUUAGAGGAAGAAGGUGAAGAGGAGUCACGAGACAAGAUUGAGGAAGAACCCCGUAAUUUAGAUGACGUUUAUAAACUGCUGCCGGAUUACUUUCAGUUCGUCCAAUCUGCUUCCCGUCUCCCAAAGUCAGAGCUAGAUUGGUAUUUGGAGGAACCCGUUGUACCAUGGAGCCACGAUUUCAACGCCUUGAGUUGGUGGAGAAGUGCGAGUGCAAAGUAUCCUGUUUUAUCGAAAAUGGCUCGAAAUCUUUUGGGAAUCCCUUUAUCUGUUGCUACUUCAUAUGAGGCUUUUUAUACAGAACCAAGGGAAGCUGAUGAAAGGAUAAUUCGGUCGGGACCAAAGAUGAUGAAUGCCUUGAUGUGCACUAAAAGCUGGUACCCAUGGCCCUGAAAGAUUUCAAAAGGGUAAAUGGUUUUUUUUUUUGGCUGGUUUUUGGAUGGCAAGGAGAAUCAAAUUUGUUGGAGCGAGCUUUUGGAAGAGCUGGCAGAUACCAUGGGGGUUUGAAAUUCGUCUAUUUUGGUUAUUUUUAAAACUGGAUAUGUUGAUGGGUGUUUAUCUGCCUUGUUAUUUAUUACUGGAGUAGUACGUACUAUGCUUUUUUGUUACUACGACCGCGCGAAG